CAAAUGAAAUCUGAAAACAGUUCAGUCAAUCAGCUUCUCGGACAUGUUCCAAAUUUGCACAUUGGUACAUCCAGUCUCAACUUCUACAUCCAGGCAUUUGUCCUCCCAAACCUGCCUUUCCACCUGCUCCUCGGCCGCCCCUUCCACAUCCUUGCCUCUUGCAUCACCCAGGAUUAUAUGGACAGAAAACAGAAGAUACAGAUAACGUGUCUGAAUUCC